AUGAAGUUUGAGUAUAAAGAGGAGCAUCUGUCCGAGAAGUACUGCUGUGAGGGUGAGACGAUCCAAGAGAAGCACCCUGACUGGGUCCCAGUGAUAGUAGAGAAGGCUCCCAAAGCUCAGGAGAAUCUGGACAAAGAAGAAACACCUGCAACUUGCUCGGCUGCUGGGCACACAGCCACCACAGCUGGCCAGUCCCCUGUCACCCAUGUGCCCAACUCGAGAGCAGUGUGGAUCCUGGUGCUCCAGCUCCAGAAGUCACAGUACCUGCAGCUGGGCCCAAGCCGUGGCCAGUACUAUGGCGGCUCCCUGCCCAACGUCAACCAAAUCGGCAGUGGCAGCAUGGACCUGCCCUUCCAGACCCCCUUCCAGUCCUCAGGCCUGGACACCAGCCGGACCACCCGGCACCACGGGCUGGUAGACAGAGUGUGCCGGGAGCGCGGCCGGCUCGGCUCCCCACACCGCCGGCCCCUAUCAGUGGACAAGCAUGGGCGGCAGGUGGACAGCUGCCCCUACGGCACUGUGUACCUCUCGCCGCCAGCAGACAGCAGCUGGAGAAGGACCAAUUCCGAUUCUGCCCUGCACCAGAGCACAAUGGCACCUACCCCACCGGACUCUUUCACGGGUGGGUCCCAGGACACGCACCAGAAAAGAGUUUUACUAUUAACGGUCCCGGGAAUGGAAGAGGCCUCCUCAGAGGCAGACAAAAACCUUUCAAAGCAAACGUGGGACACUAAGAAGACGGGGUCUAGGCCCAAAUCCUGCGAGGUUCCAGGAAUCAACAUCUACCCAUCCGCUGACCAGGAAACCACCACCACUUUGAUCCCUGCCACCCACAACACGGGAGGCUCACUGCCUGACCUGACCAACAUCCACUUCCCUUCGCCACUGCCCACUCCACUGGACCCUGAGGAGCCCCCUUUCCCUGCCCUGAGCAGCUCCAGCAGCACCGGCAACCUUGCGGCCAACCUGACACACCUGGGCCUCGGUGGCACCCCCCAGGGAAUGACCACACCGGGCUCCUCACCACAGCACCACCAGCCGGGUGUCAGUUCUCUGUCCCUGAGCACGGAUACCAGACGGCAGCAGGCCCAGCAGGUGCCACCUACCUUGUCCCCACUGUCACCCAUCACUCAGGCGAUGACCAUGGACGCCUUGUCCCUGGAGCAGCAGCUGCCCUACGCCUUCUUCACGCAGGCGGGUGCCCCGCCACCACCGCAGCCCCAGCCGCCACCUCCCCCACCGCCCACCUCUCAGCAGCAGCCACCCCCAACACCCCCAGGUGGCCCCCUGAUGCCCAGUGCCAGCCUGCCACGUGGCCCACAGCUGCCCCCACUCCCGGUCACCUUGCCGUCCUCGCUGCCCCCGUCCCCUGCUGAGAGCCCUGGCCAGCCGCCCCUGGGGAUUGAUGUUGCCUCGGCACCGUCCCUGCAGCAGUACCGCACAAGCGCCGGCUCCCCAGCCAACCAGUCUCCCACCUCUCCCGUCUCCAACCAAGGCUUCUCCCCUGGGAGUUCUCCACAGCACUCCUCCACACUGGGCAGUGUCUUUGGGGACUCAUAUUAUGAACAGCAGAUGGCAGCCAGGCAGGCCAAUGCGCUGUCCCACCAGUUGGAGCAGUUCAACAUGGUGGAAGGUGCCAUCAGCUCAAGCAGCCUGUACAGCCCCGGCUCUACGCUCAGCUACUCGCAGGCUGCCAUGAUGGGGCUCACGGGCAGCCACGGCAGCCUGCAGGACGCCGCACCCCUGGGGUACCCGAGCCAUGGCGGCAUCCCCAACAUUAUCCUCACAGUAACCGGAGAGUCCCCUCCCAGCCUCUCUAAAGAACUGACCAGCUCACUGGCCGGGGUUGGUGACGUCAGCUUCGACGCCGACGCUCAGUUCCCCCUAGAUGAGCUCAAGAUCGACCCCCUGACUCUGGACGGGCUGCACAUGCUCAAUGACCCUGACAUGGUCCUGGCUGACCCAGCUACUGAAGACACCUUCCGGAUGGACCGCCUCUGA